AUGGGCAAAGUCACGGAAAAUAAGGUCUACCAAAAACUCAAAGACAUUAUCCUGUUAGACCAAAAGCCAGGUUUAUCUUUGAGGCAACGCAUGUUGACUAACGAGGAUUUAUACCCUGUCCCAAGCAGCAAGCGUCUUUGGGGGCAUUGGAACUAUAUUUCUUUUUGGCUUGCUGAAUCUGUAAACAUUAACACUUGGAUGAUUUCAGCUACUGCCAUUGAAGCUGGUCUCAAUUGGUGGGAAGCUUGGAUUUGCGUCUGGGUAGGUUACAUGAUUUGUGGUUUUUUGAUCGCUGCAACUGGUCGUCCUGGUGCCGUCUAUCAUGUUUCCUUUCCUGUAGUUUCUCGCUGUUCGUUUGGUAUUUGGGGCUCUUUAUGGCCUGUUUUAAAUCGCAGUGUCAUGGCAUGUAUAUGGUUUGGUGUCCACGCCUGGAUUGGAGGUGAAUGUGUCGUCUUAAUGCUACGAUCUAUUUGGCCCUCCUUUUCCCAUAUCCACAAUACCAUGGGGAACAGUGGUACCGAAACUUACCAAUGGGUUGGCUUCUUUAUCUUUUGGCUCGUUUCGAAUGUCGCAAUCUGGUUUCCAGUUCAUCAAAUUCGCCAUCUUUUUACCAUUAAGGCUUUUAUCGCUCCUCCUGCCGCAGUCGCCUUUUUAAUUUGGGCCCUUGUCAAAGCCAAAGGCGCUGGUCCUGUCAUUCACGAGCCUACAAACCUUCCGAAAUGGGAGCAUGGUUGGACCGUCGUAAAUGGCAUUGUAACUGUCUUGGAUGGCUUUGCUACCUUGGCCGUUAAUAGUCCGGACUUUGCUAGAUUUGCCACUACUCCUAAUGCCAACCUCUGGCCUCAAAUCAUUACUGUACCCCUUUCAUUCGGUAUCACAUCCUUAAUUGGUAUCCUUGUCAGUUCUGCUUCCAAGUCAAUCUAUGGAAAGGCUUAUUGGGACCCAACUAGUCUCCUUUCGGCGUUUUUGGACCAUUCAAAUGCCCAUGGUGUUCGUGCUGGCGUUUUUUUCAUCGGUUUUGGUCUCUGUGUUGCCCAACUUGGUACAAACGUGGCAGCAAACUCUGUUUCUGCCGGUAAUGAUAUUUCUGCGUUGCUUCCUACCGUAUUUAAUGUCCGUCGCGGUGCUUACCUCGCUUCCAUAAUUGCUAUUUGCAUGUGUCCUUGGAAUUUGCUAAGUUCUAGCAACAAUUUUACCACAUAUCUUUCUUCUUACUCGGUUUUCAUGUCGGCUUUUGCUGGCAUUUUUACUGCCGAUUACUUUAUAAUCCGUAAAGGAUAUAUUCGAACUUCACAUCUUUACAAGUCCGACGAAUCUAGCUGCUAUUACUUUUACAAGGGGAUUAAUUUCCGUGGCUUUGUUUCUUAUAUAUGUGGUAUGCUGAUAAACAUUGUUGGUAUGGCUGGUUCCACUGGUAACAAAGUACCGACUGCCGCAAGCACCAUGUUCAAUCUCAAUUACUUUUUGGGAUUCUUAGUCAGUGCCUUGACCCAUAUUUUGAUCUGCUAUGUGUUCCCUGUUACUGAGUUAGGUGAGAAGUUCUUAAGUGAAACACCUCAAGAAACAGAAGAAUUCUUAAUAAGUCUGGAAGAUACAACUGACAGUUCUUCUGAUUAUUUCAUUGAUGGCUUACCAAGCAAGGAGGAUGAGAAAAGCGAUGUUCACAGUCUUAAGUCCAAAGAAGUUGGUUGCUUGCCAUAA